UUGUAUAUGUCUGAGGUGCAUCUCUCAUUCCUCAUAUACCCUACUUACCCAAAUUCUAGAUCAAAAUCAUACGAUUUCACAUAAUAUGUAGCUCUGCUCUCUCUUACCCAUCACCCUGUCUUUGCAUGUCCAUCUUUCCAUAUCUGAUUCGCUGCUCUAGAGCUGAAUUUAAACGCUUUCUUAACCCCUUUAAAGCAACCACCUGUCUCAUACCCACGUAUUGCCCGAUAUAUUAUAACCUCUCCUCGAACAUGGUCGCUAAAAGACAGAAAUCAACUGUAUCUCUGGAGCAAGAUGACCAUCCGGUCGAUAAAGCCCCACGGGGGCAACCUAGUUUCACCCCCAGAAGAUCGGAACGUAAUACCCAGAAACAGAGCGAUGUAUCACAGUCUGACUCUACAAUAACUAACAAAGGGACUUCGCUCGCGGGAUCCACUCAACCAAAGAAGAAAAUGAUGCAAAGGCCGGAUGUCAUGAUGGCCAUUGGUGGCCUUCGUGAAAUGGAGGAUAACUUUCGGAAUGAUACGAAGCGGCAGAAGACGGCGGUUGACGCAAGCCAUCCGAACGAUUCAGCCUUCUUUUCGAGACUCGAAAAGAGUAAACCGGAUUUUAUCCCAGCGGAACUCAAAAGGGAUAACUUAAGAAACGAUAAUGACAAGGAAAGGCGGAGUGUAGCAAAGAAGAAGGAGGAGAAUGGCGAGGAGAAUAGUGUCGAAAAGGAAAUCGAAGCCUACGAGGACGGGGAACCAGGCGAUAGAGAGGAGGGUGGUAACGGAUCCCCGGGGGAGGCCGAUGCCAAGGCCAUCGAGCAGGAAGGGUCCCGGGCACCCCCGGUUAACAGUGACUAUCUGCCGUUACCAUGGGAAGGCAGAUUGGGCUAUGCUUGCCUUAAUACGUAUUUGCGACUUUCAAACCCACCAGUAUUUAGUUCGAGAACAUGCCGAAUAGCUUCCAUUCUAGAGCAUCGCCAUCCCCUUAAAGAUCCAUCUCAGCCCGAACAUCCGACAAAGAAUCGGCCUGACAAAGAUAAACCAGCCGAUGUAGCCAAGGGUCAGAAAUAUAUUGAAGCCCUUGGCCUCGCCAAUGCACGUGACAUUGUUAAGAUGAUCCGCUGGAACGAUAAGUAUGGUAUCAGAUUUAUGCGCUUGAGUUCGGAAAUGUUUCCUUUUGCUAGUCAUGAAGAGUAUGGUUAUAAACUAGCGCCCUUUGCUUCGGAAGUACUCGCUGAAGCUGGAAGAGUCGCAGCUGAGCUGGACCAUCGGCUCACCACUCAUCCCGGACAGUUCACACAACUCGGUUCGCCACGGACGGAGGUUGUUAGAAAUGCGAUUCGCGAUCUUGAAUAUCACAACGAGAUGCUAACACUUCUACGUUUGCCCGAGCAGCUUGAUAAGGAUGCCGUCAUGAUCUUGCAUAUGGGCGGCGUAUUCGGCGAUAAGGAGGCUACUCUCGAUCGGUUUAGGGAAAACUAUGGCAAGCUCUCGCCAGGUGUUAAGGCAAGGUUGGUAUUAGAAAACGACGACGUGUCAUGGACGGUGCACGACCUACUUCCGAUAUGUGAGGAAUUGAAUAUCCCAUUCGUUUUAGACUUCCAUCAUCACAAUAUCAUGUUUGACAAAAGCAAAAUCCGCGAAGGGACCAAGGAUAUUAUGGAACUUUACCCGAGGAUCAGAGCAACCUGGGAUAGGAAAGGUAUCACACAAAAGAUGCAUUACAGCGAACCUUGUUCCGAAGCCAUCACCCCACGCCAGCGGCGGAAGCAUCGUCCUCGUGUUAUGACCCUGCCACCGUGUCCGAAUGAUACGGAUCUCAUGAUUGAGGCGAAAGACAAGGAACAGGCGGUAUUUGAUCUAAUGAGGAACUUCAAAUUACCUGGGUGGGAUCGUUUUAACGAUGUUAUCCCAUAUGAACGAGAAGAUGAAAAUAGACCGAUACCCAAACCUCCCAAGAAGAAGAAGCGCAAAACCAAGAAAGGUGCAGACGCAGAUAUCGAGGUUGAAGAGGAUGCGGAGGAGGAACCGAAGCCGCCGCCCGAGAUCCCGGAGUCGGAACUUGGGAUGGGCGGCCCUAAUAACCGAGUAUACUGGCCUGUUGGGAUGGAGGAAUGGCUCCGUCCUAAGAAAAGGGAGGUUAAGAAAAAGAGAGCUAAUGACGAAAUGGAUGGUGAUGAUUAGCUCCGCUUUCGGAUUUGGGUAGUAGUAUGCUGUGUUACGGCACGUUUUCAUACCUCUUGUAUAGUCAGAUACCACGGGAUAAACUCGGUAAGGCGUAACAUCGAAAGGACCCCGUCUUCCCUCGUCGUCGCCCGGCGGUUUGGAUGUUCCGUAGAUAUACGCCUAGAUCCCUCCAUAAGAUAGUCAUUUCUCAUAUUUCGAAAUGUAUAACAAGAUUUCAACACACCAACAUCUUAUCUGACCGCAGAUACCUACAAAAUUUAUCAUUUCCAGUGGUUGUAUUUACUACGGUUACUCAGUGUUAACGGUUGGGUAUGAUUGGACAGAUACGGCUAUGUAAAUAAGCAAUGAAAAGCUUCGCGGCUCGAAGAAGGCUGAAGGGAUCUGCACGUCGGUCUGUCUGUGGAUAUGGAUGGCAGUGGGUUGAUAUUACUCCGGGGUACGGAUGAUGGUGUGAGGCUGUUAGACAAUUUGGAGCAAGUAUGGGAGGAUAAUACGCAUUAAGACAACUGGGUUAUGCCGAAUAUAU